UCCUGGGGGUGCGCUCCUAAGGGCCAGCGUUGGGAGGAAAACACCCCCAUCCAGUCCUGGAAGAGCUGGGAAGGAGGACGUCUGCUCAGGAAGCAACCCUUGGAAGAUACUGGCCAUGAAGAUCUCUCUGCUGCUGGUGUCCCUGCUCCUGGCAGUGGUGCUAGGAGAUGAAGGAGAGGGUCAUUCCAGAUUCCACGCUGAGGGCAGAGGCUCGGGACCCCGAGGCCGCAGGUACGCCGAGGGGACUUUCAUCAGUGACUACAGCAUCGCCAUGGACAAGAUCCGCCAACAGGACUUCGUGAACUGGCUGCUGGCGCAGAAGGGGAAGAGGAACGACUGGAAGCACAGCAUCGCUCAGAGGGAGGCCCAGGCCCCAGAGCUGGCCCAUCAAUCUAACAGGAAGAAGGAGGCCAGGGAGCAGCGGGGCGCCCUGCUCAAGAAGCCUGGUGACGAAGAUUCGCUGAAGAACUUUCUGAUUGCGGAGCUGCUGGCCUGGAUGGCGGACCAGACGGAGCUCUGCAGGCUCAGGUUGCAGUGACGGGUUCAACCCAGCUCAGGACUGGACUCAGCCCUUCACUGACUCGGCUCCUGCCUCGGCCCCGCUCCUGGGUACCCCAGAGAAGCCAAACCAAUAAAGUUCAAGCUGCAA